AUGGCAUUGUUCAAGUCCAACAAGAUUGUGAAUGUUACCCCCGCAGCAAUCCAAGGCUUCGAGGCAAAUCAUGAGCAUUUCUCGCGAACCAGAGUGAACUUCGGGGACCCGGAUACUCGCCCGCUUUUCCUGCGAAAGGCUUGUGCGCUCAUGUGCCGGAGGCUACUACGACUCUCAUCAUGUUCAGUUGUGUUUGGCAAGGUGCAGAAGGUGCAGAAGAUGCCCCAGCCACACACGUCUGCCCAGCCCAGUUGUGUGCUGUGUCGAAGGCAUGUGGGAGCUUUUGAAGAAUUGAGAGUAUCUGAGUAA